UUGUACAGGGUUAUGGUGCAAGGUAGAAGGUGAGAAAGAAUGCAGAACCAAACUGGAUCCACCAAUGGAUGGAACGGAUUGUGACACUGGUAAGUGGUGUAAGGCUGGAGACUGCACCAGCAGGACCUCAGCACCGGGACAUGCCGCCGGGGAGUGGAGCGCGUGGAGCCCCUGCAGCCGGACCUGCAGCUCUGGGAUCAGCAGCCGGGAGCGCGAGUGUCCCGGGCUAGGUUCUGAAGCAAGGGAUUGUAAUGGUCCCAGAAAACAAUACAGAAUAUGUGAGAAUCCGCCUUGUCCUGCAGGUCUGCCUGGAUUCAGAGCCUGGCAAUGUCAGGCCUAUAGUGUUAGCACUUCGCACCCAAAGCCUGGGCUUCAGUGGCAAGCUGUCAUGGAUGAAGAAAAACCGUGUGCCUUGUUUUGCUCCCCUGUUGGAAAAGAACAGCCUAUUCUUCUGUCAGAAAAAGUGAUGGAUGGAACGUCUUGUGGCUAUCAGGGAUUGGAUAUCUGUGCAAAUGGCAGGUGUCAGAAAGUUGGCUGUGACGGUUUAUUAGGGUCUCUUGCAAGAGAAGAUCAUUGUGGUGUAUGCAAUGGCAAUGGAAAGUCAUGCAAAAUCAUUAAAGGAGAUUUUAAUCACACUAGAGGAGCAGGUUAUGUGGAAGUGCUGGUGAUACCUCCUGGAGCGAGAAGAAUCAAAGUUGUGGAGGAAAAGCCAGCGCAUAGCUAUUUAGCUCUCCGUGACACUGGAAAACAGUCUAUCAAUAGCGACUGGAAGAUUGAACACUCCGGAGCAUUCAACUUAGCGGGAACUACUGUUCAUUACGUAAGACGAGGCCUCUGGGAGAAGAUUUCUGCCAAAGGUCCUACCACAUCACCUUUACACCUCCUGGUGCUGCUGUUUCAAGACCAGAAUUAUGGCCUUCACUAUGAAUACACCAUUCCGUCAGACCCUCCUCCAGAGAACCAGAGCUCAAAAGCCCCCGAGCCUCUUUUCAUGUGGACACACACAGGCUGGGAAGAUUGCGAUGCCACGUGCGGAGGAGGAGAAAGAAAGACAACAGUGUCUUGCACAAAAAUCAUGAACAAAAAUAUCAGCAUUGUGGACAACAAGAAAUGCAAAUACUUAACCAAGCCAGAGCCGCAGAUUCGCAAGUGCAACGAGCAACCCUGCCAAACUAGGUGGAUGAUGACAGAAUGGACUCCAUGUUCACGAACUUGUGGAAAAGGGAUGCAGAGCAGACAAGUGGCGUGUACCCAACAACUGAGCAAUGGCACCCUGAUUAGGGCCCGGGAGAGGGACUGCGUGGGGCCCAAGCCUGCCUCUGCCCAGCGCUGCGAGGGCCAGGACUGCAUGACCGUGUGGGAGGCGGGAGUGUGGUCAGAGUGCUCGGUCAAGUGUGGCAAAGGCGUCCGUCACCGGACCGUGAGGUGCACUAACCCUAGAAAGAAAUGCGUCCUCUCCACCAGACCCAGGGAGGCCGAGGACUGUGAGGAUUACUCGAAAUGCUACGUGUGGCGAAUGGGUGACUGGUCUAAGUGCUCAAUUACCUGUGGCAAAGGAAUGCAGUCCCGUGUUAUCCAGUGCAUGCAUAAGAUCACAGGAAGACAUGGAAAUGAAUGUUUUUCUUCAGAAAAACCUGCAGCAUACAGGCCAUGCCACCUUCAGCCCUGCAAUGAGAAGAUUAAUGUAAAUACCAUAACAUCACCCAGGCUGGCUGCUCUGACGUUCAAGUGCCUGGGAGAUCAGUGGCCCGUGUACUGCCGAGUGAUACGCGAGAAGAACCUGUGUCAGGACAUGCGGUGGUAUCAGCGCUGCUGCGAGACGUGCAGGGACUUCUAUGCCCAAAAGCUGCAGCAGAAGAGUUGACCCCUAGCAGACCGGCUGGCUCACAGCUCUUUGCAAUGACAUUAUUUAUAAACACACACACUAGCAUGUUUUUCAGACCAAAUAUUAUCAGAUUACCUAUAAUUUAAUCAAAUUAAUUUAUUUUGGGGGCCUGCCAAACAUCCAGUAUGGUGUUUGUUUUGGUAAUACAAACAUUUUGAUUUAUACUAUAUGGCUUCAUAAGUAAUUUUAUAGGAAUAAGAUGGAUCCAGUUACCAGAAUAAAAAGAAAAAGGAAAAAAAAAAACCACUAAGAUCAUUAGGCUUUAAAAAAAAUUUUUUUUUUAAGUUAGGACUGUCUCUAAGGUGCUACUCUCUCCCCACUAAUAUCAUUGAGUUAUGCAGAAUGUAUACUAAUUUAGCGUAUAGUUUAGCUAUCCAUGGAGAGAAAUCAUUUUUGUGUUUGGGUGUCCUGAUGCAGAAUUAGCUCAUUUUCUGUAAUCUGCAGGAGAUGUGUAAACAUAACAAACCUCAUAGUGUUAACAGGAUUUUAGAGAAUGUAUUAUGAAUUUGCUUCAGAUUUAGAGACAUCCAUAGGAAAAUUUCUACUGUAAUUAUAACCUUAUUUUAAUAAUGGAAAGGAAAAAGUCAAAAUAGAGACUUUGAUCAUGUUCAUGAACAUGUACUUGAACACAAGUAUUGUAACAAUGAAACACUGUAAUGAUUUACACUGAAUCACCAUUGCACUGUUGAUAUAGUGUAGAGAAACCGUUAUAGACAUGGUAACAUCCUACAAAAAUGUGUAUUAUUUUAACAUGUUGUCAUUAGAGUUUAGCUUUUCUAAAUAUUUUGAACAAAGAAAGCAUUGAUCCACCCAUUUCGUUGUAUCUUUUAGCAGAUUUUAAAAGAAUAUAGUACUUAGCCUCACAAAUCAUAAUGAGAAAAUUUACUGAAUAUUUUCCAGCCUUUUCCCUAGAAACAAGGAAAAACAAAGAGCUGAUAAUACUGUGGUAGUUUCAUUGUGUUUUUUUCUUUUUAAAAAUUAAAGUUUUACAAUUCUGUGAAACGUUAAAAAACCAGCUUAAAUUUUUUCUUGUGA